GCUGGAGCCGGUAGGAUUCCGCCUGCCGCGGUGCACGGCGCGGCACGAGCGCCCGUGGGUCCCCGGCUUCCCUGGGCGCCCCGGCCCCAGCCCGGUCCCAGCCCCGGCUUCGGCCUCAGCACCGCGCCCGGCUCCGCCGCGGCCCCCGGAGCCGCCAGCGACGCCCGCAGAGUCCCCGGCGCCGGGGCGGGGGGCCAUGCCGUGCCGGCGGGAGGAGGAAGAGGAAGCCGGCGAGGAAGCGGAGGCGGAGGAGGAGGAGGAGGAGCGGGGCGGCUUCCUCCUGCUGGAGCGGCCGGUGACGCGGGGCGGCUCGGGCGAGGUGGACCGCCUGGUGGCCCAGAUCGGCGAGACGCUGCAGCUGGACGCGGGGCCGGACCGCCCAGCUUCCCCGUGCGCGCCCCCCGCGCCGCCGCCGCCGCUGCAGCCCCCGCGGCCCCCGGCGGACAAGGCCCGGCCCCCGGACCGGCCGCUGCCGCCGCCCGCGCCGCCGGGGGCCCUGCGCUGCGCCCUCGGGGAGCGCGGCCGCGUGCGGGGCCGGGCUGCGCCCUACUUCGUGGCUGAGCUCGCCGCCGGCCCCAGCGCGCUGUCCCCGCUGUCCCCGCACCCCGGCCUGGAUGGGCCUUCCAGAGCCGACAAGCGGGGCGCCCCAAAGCAGCCUCUGUCGGGCCCGUGCCGGCGGGGAUGGCUGCGGGGCGCCGCCGCCCCCCGCCGCCUGCAGCAGCGGCGCGGGCCGCAGCCGGAAGCCCGCCCCGGCGGCGACGACGACCCGCACCGGCUCCUGCAGCAGCUGGUGCUCUCGGGGAACCUCAUCAAGGAGGCCGUGCGGAGGCUGCACUCGCGGCGGCUGCAGCUGCACCCGAAGCUCCCCCCGCUCCCGAGGCCGCCGGUGGCCGCCGCGCACGAGCCCCCCUCGCCCCGCAGCCCCCGCGCGUCUGGCGGCGCCCCGGGCGCGGCGGGGAGGAGGGCGCCGCUCCGGCCCGGCGACGGCGUCCGGGUGCCCGGCAGCUGACACCCGCGGAGUGGACACUGGGCCGGCCUCUGCCUGGAGGACAAGGGACCCUCCUGAGGGCUGCAUCUCUCAUCAGACCGGUGCACUGCCGCUCUGGGAAGCGGGGAAAGAAGCUAAUCAAGACGUGGAAUCGAAAAAGACGCGAAUGUUUUCGUGGGGAACUGAGGUCAAGGCCCCGUUUUAAAAAAAAAUAAGGGGGGGGGGGGGGACUCGGUUGGCCUUAUAUACGGCAGAUUGCAGAACGCACCCCAAGCUCACAAUCCACUGGACUCUUUACUUUUUUUUUUUUUUUUUUUGGCAUAUGAAAAUUUAUUACUACUGUGAUUUCACCAUCAAAACUUAGGAUCUUGGUCUUUCCUUCUUGCCUUUGUAUAAGGCCAAAAGAGACGCAUUGGCUACGUU